CUGUAAAUAGCCAUCCUCAUAUUUAAUCUCUGCAUGCAGCGAGGCCCUCCGCCAUCCAGGCCUGCAUUAGCACACGGAUGCGACACAUUAAUUUGCUCUGGGUAGUUCCCGCGAUCUGCGAAGGUUAUUCCCGGAGAACACGGAGCUGCAGCGGGCUGAGCAGCAGCCACACGGAUGGGUAACGUGCCCACCACAGUGAAGCACUGCCUGAGCUAUGAGCAACUCAUCGAGGACUACCCGUGGCUGAGACGCUGGCUGCAGGAGGACAAGACAAUUACAGGACAUGCCUAUCCAGAGUUUGUUAAAAUUGUUGAAGUUGGGCCAAGAGAUGGACUUCAAAAUGAAAAGGAGAUUGUUCCAACUGGGGUGAAAAUCCAGCUGAUAGAUAUGCUCUCAGGAACAGGCCUGUCUGUGAUCGAGGCCACCAGCUUUGUCUCUUCAAAGUGGGUACCGCAGAUGGCAGACCACACUGAUGUACUCAGAGGAAUCCAGAAAGCAUCUAAUGUUCAGUAUCCUGUUUUGACACCUAACUUGCAAGGCUUUCAGGAUGCUGUUGCAGCUGGUGCUACUGAAGUGGCUGUGUUUGGGUCGGCAUCUGAAACCUUCAGUAAAAAAAAUAUUAACUGUUCUGUUGAUGAAAGUAUGCUGAGGUUUGAGGAAGUCAUCAACGCUGCCAAAAAGCGACAAAUUCCAGUUCGAGGGUAUGUUUCUUGUGCCCUUGGGUGUCCCCAUGAGGGACACAUUGAACCUUCCAAAGUGGCAGAGGUGGCAAAGAGAUUAUAUGAAAUGGGCUGUUAUGAGAUUUCCUUGGGAGACACCAUUGGUAUUGGUACUCCAGGUUCUAUGCUUAAGAUGCUGCAGAGGGUGAUGAAGGAUGUGCCCAUCAAUGCGCUUGCAGUUCACUGCCAUGACACCUAUGGGCAAGCACUGCCCAACAUCCUUACUGCACUCCAGAUGGGGGUCUCUGUGGUGGAUUCUGCAGUAGCUGGCCUGGGAGGAUGCCCUUACGCUCGGGGUUCAUCUGGCAACGUUUCCACAGAGGAUGUUCUCUACAUGCUUCAUGGCAUGGGCAUUGAAACAGGUGUGAACAUUGCCAAAGUCAUAGAGGCUGGUUCCUUCAUCUGCAGUGCUUUAUCUCGCAAGACAAACUCCAAGGUUGCCCAAGCAAGAAGCACAGCCUGCUGUGAUGAGUCUCUGUAAUGGAACGUCUUUAAAUAUUUUAGUCUGUUCCCUUAAAAGUGCUUCCCCAUUGUUGUUGCCUUCAGAUUUGUUGCCUAUCUGUCUGUAUUUGAACUACAUUGUUCCAUGUAUCUCUUGUAUGUCAUCUAAAUAAUAUUGAAAACUAUCUCAUUUUUAUUUUUUUACUUUAUUGUUCAUUUCCAGUCUAUAUUUGCCAUCUGAGUACCUUUAUAAUCUGCUGAACACGUGCAUCUUUCUUGGCUUAGUUUUCGCUCUGCACAGUUUGAUAUAACAAAAGCAAGCGUCGACCACACUGAAUGGAAAGUGACAGGAAGCUGGUAAUUAUCAAGAGGAGUAUUCAUUUGUGAUCGAGGUUUGUGUUGACGGCUCGAUAAUUUAUGAUCUGGGUCACUUUUAUUAGUUUGCAUUGAUCAGUGGCCUUAUAAAAUUAUGUAACAGCGUAUUAUAAUCCUACGUGUAUGAGUGCCUCCAUAUGCACCUUGCUUCUCUGAAGACCUUUUGUGAUUUCCUGUGAACUUGUAUAAAUAAUUCAAAAUAAGACAACUCUCAGAUUACCACAAAGAUAGCAUUUUAAAGGAGGCACAGAUGAGUUUUUGCCAUCAGGUUUGCCAAAGAUCCCUUAAAAAGUUCCCCUUUAUAGUCUUUUUUUUGUAUUUCAGAAUUUUACCAUGACAUAAACUACCGUCUGAGACAAUUGUCUCUGUAAAGUCAAAUGUCCUUUCAAUUUUUGUCAUCUUUACA